AUGUGUGGGUUCCAGGGUUCGAGUUUUACAACAUCCAGCGUGUACUCCAAUAUCCCUUCAGCUAUGCCCGUCACCACAGCCUCAACCACAGCAACUCACCAGGAAUUUAACAGCUACAAUUCGCUGGGACAGGGUCAGUUUUCCCAGUACUACACUCUGCCCACCAGUUAUGUGCCGGCAGGGCUGCCCAGCAGUGAUGACCAUGCUGCAGGUGCGGGUGUAGCCAGAUAUUCUGUUGUGAAGUUAGAGGAUGCUGCUGCAGAAGGACUGCCUCACAGCGAUGCAUCACCACAAGAGAGCCUCCCGACAGGAACUGCCCUUCCUACUAGUGUGGCUACUUCUGCUGGAGCCAAGGACCAGGAUGAAGUUGGAUGCAGGAACUUUGUUGGAAAAGCCAAAGGGAAGGGCAAGAAGCCCGACAGCAGCCCCGCAACUGACAGUGACCUGGAGCGCAUUUUUCUGUGGGAUCUGGAUGAGACCAUUAUUAUAUUCCACUCACUGCUCACUGGCUCCUACGCACAGAAGUUUGGCAAGGACCCAGCGACUGUCCUGAAUUUGGGUUUACAGAUGGAGGAGUUGAUCUUUGAGCUUGCAGAUACCCCUUUCUUCAAUGACCUAGAAGAGUGUGAUCAGGUUCAUGUUGAGGAUGUGGCUUCUGAUUACAAUGGACAGGAUCUGAGCAACUACAACUUUUUGACGGACGGCUUUAAUGGCCCCAGUGGUGGAGCUUCAUCUGGGGCCAACACGGGCGUCCAGGGAGGAGUAGAAUGGAUGCGUAAACUAUCCUUCCGUUACUGCCGGUUAAAAGAAAUCUACAACAGCUACAAAGGGAAUGUUGGAGGUGAGGGAAUGUUUAAGGGCCUGUUGAGCCCAAUGAGGAGAGAGCUGCUUUUACGGCUUCAGUCUGAGAUUGAGAACAUUACAGAUGCCUGGCUCAACACGGCGCUCAAGUCUUUGCUGCUCAUCCAGUCCAGAGGCAAGUGUAUGAAUGUCUUGGUCACCACUACUCAGCUGGUCCCAGCUCUGGCGAAGGUCCUGCUUUAUGGCCUGGGACAUGUAUUCCCCAUCGAGAACAUCUAUAGUGCCACAAAAAUAGGGAAAGAGAGUUGUUUUGAGAGGAUCAUCUCGCGCUUUGGCAAAAUAACUUAUGUGGUUAUUGGUGACGGUCGAGAUGAGGAGUUUGCAGCAAAACAGCACAACAUGCCUUUCUGGCGGAUCUCCACACAUGGCGACCUUGUGUCUCUGCACCAAGCCUUGGAACUGGACUUCUUGUAAGAGCAACAGAUGGGUGUAGAAUGAAGUGCAAAUCAUCGUCCUGGUGGCUAGUGGAGUGACACUGUGCAGCCGUAAUGAUACACACUUGCAUAUUAAACACACCUGCCUGCUCUGACUCGCGACGGUAAAGUACAGA